AUGAGGUUCUGGUUUGUGCUACAACAAUUGGCACUCAUCAUCAUAAUAAUAGCCAGUACUACUGAUGCACUUAAUAAUAACGAAACUGAUCAUGUUUCACUAUUGGCUAUGAAGUCCAAGAUCCUGGACCCUUUUGGUGGGGGAGUUUUGAGUUCAUGGAAUGAGUCUUCCCAUUUUUGCAAUUGGGAAGGUGUGUUCUGUGGUAAAAGGCACAAGAGGGUCACUCUCAUUGCUCUAAGCUCUUUGGGUCUGUCGGGCACCUUGUCUCCUCAUGUAGGAAAUCUCACCUUUCUUAGACGAUUGUGGCUAGACAACAAUACCUUUCAUGGGGAAAUUCCAAAUGAAAUAGGUGGCUUGUACAGGCUUAAAGUAUUGGUGCUCCGAAGGAACAGUUUUCAGGGCAGGAUUCCUGCCAGCCUCUCGCGCUGUUCUAACCUCAUGCAUCUAAUUAUUGGGUACAAUAAUCUGGUGGGAACCAUCCCCGAAGAAUUUAGCUCCUUGUCGAUGCUCAAGACGAUCGCUGUACAUCAUAACAAUUUAACUGGAGGAAUUCCAAAAUGUCUGGGCAAUAUCACUUCUCUUGAAACAUUAUCUACUGCAUCUAAUCUCUUUGGUGGAACUAUUCCAAAUAACUUGGGGAAGUUAAAGAACCUCGUAUUUCUUGGAUUGGGUGGUAAUCAGAUCUCUGGUAUGAUCCCUUCAUCAUUGUAUAACCUCUCCAACUUGAAUGAUUUAUAUUUAUCAUUUAAUGAUCUUCAUGGGAGUCUUCCACCCUACUUUGGUAACAUGUUCCCACAUUUGGAAUCGCUUCAACUCGAGUUUAACAACUUUACCGGACAACUUCCAAAUUCAAUAGGGAAUCUCACCAAAGUCGGGAGUCUAACUUUUUCCAAAAACGAAUUCAGUGGGAAACUUACAGUUGAUUUCAGCAAACUAGUGAAUCUUGUGAAUUUUACAAUUCAAGAUAACAACUUUCUUGGAAAAACUUUCCUUAUCAACUUUAACUUGUCCUUCAAUGAUUUCAACUUUAACUUGUCCUUCAAUGAUUUCAAUGGAGAAUUGCCUUUACACGGGUCUUUUGCAAACUCAACUGCAGUAUCCGUGUAUGGGAACGAUAAGUUAUGCGGCGGAAUACCUUCUCUACAGCUUCCAAGAUGUCCUGUCAAGAAACUGAAUCGUAACUUCUUCUUUUCAUCCAAACGCAUUUAUGCAAUCGUGGGUGCUUCAAUACUAGGAAUACUAAUCCUAAUUUCAAGCUUGGGAUUUUACUUGGGGAAAAGGAAAAGGGAAUCCACCACUUUGGAAUUGUUUCCCAAGGAGUCUUUCGUGCAAGUCUCCUACGGCGAGCUCCUCAAUGCAACAGAUGGGUUCUCUUCCAGCAAUUUGAUUGGUGCUGGCAGUUUCGGCUUCGUCUACAGAGGAGUUCUUGAUCAGUUUGAAGAUGUUGCCAUCAAAGUAUUUAACCUUCUAAACCCAGGUGCCACGAGAAGCUUCGUGGCAGAAUGUAAAGCUUUAAAGAACAUUAGACACCGGAACCUCGUCAAGAUCGUAACAUGUUGCUCAAGCAUUGAUUUUCAAGGUAACGAAUUUAAAGCUCUAGUAUACAAACUCAUGAUGAAUGGGAAUCUGGAGAAAUGGUUGCAUCCAUCUCAAGAAUUUAAUAGAUCUGAGUUCAAUCUAUUCCAGCGUUUAAGAGUUGCGAUUGAUGUGGCUUCUGCACUCGACUACCUUCAUUAUCAGUGUGAACCCACGGUUAUUCAUUGUGAUCUGAAGCCAAGUAACAUUCUUCUUGACCAACAAAUGGUUGCACAUGUGGGAGAUUUCGGACUAGCCAGACUUUUUCAUCCAGAAAUGGGUAUUUCCCAUCACAGUAGUUCAAUGGGACUGAUGGGCACAAUUGGAUAUGCAGCACCAGAGUACGGUCUUGGAAGUGAAAUGUCGAUAUCAGGUGAUGUUUACAGUUAUGGAAUAUUGUUGUUAGAGAUGUUAACGGGAAAGAGACCUACUGAUUUGAUGUUUGUGGAUGGUCUUAACCUUCGUAACUUUGCUGGUAAAGUAUUAAAAGGAAAUGCGGUUGAAAUUGUAAUGGAUCCGGUAAUUUUAAAAAGUGACAUUGUUAUUGGUCAGAGGGACAAUUGUCUAAUCGCAAUGGUGAAGAUUGGUUUGGCUUGCUCGAAAGAGCUACCCCAGAAUAGAAUGAGCAUGACCGAUGUUAGUAGGGAGCUACAACUAAUCAAGGAUGUCAUGUUCAAGUAAAAAAAAUGGUUCACUUUCAA